AUGGUUGUGUUGUCAAAAUCAACAAGAGAGCAAUAUCCAUGUCUAAGAAACUUGAAACAAACCACAUUCAUACCUGAAAUCCCUAUAGUGGAUCUCUCCAAACCUGAUGCAAAGAACAUCAUAGUAAAAGCUUGUGAAGAGUUUGGAUUCUUUAAGGUUGUCAACCACGGUGUCUCUAUGGAAUCUAUCUCUUCAUUGGAAUCUGAAGCUGACAAGUUCUUUUCCAUGGCUUUUGAUCAAAAGGAAAAAGCAGGACCAGCUAAUCCAUUUGGGUAUGGAAACAAGAAAAUUGGACAAAAUGGUGAUAUUGGUUGGGUUGAAUAUCUUCUUCUUACAAAUAAUCAAGAUUUUAAUUCCUUCAAACUCUCCCCUGCUUUUGGUAAAGAUUCCGAGAAGCUUCGAUGUUUGUUGAGUGAUUACAUGUCAAGUGUGAAAAAGUUAGGAUGUGAGAUUCUUGAAUUUAUGGCUGAAGGGUUGAACAUUGAAGAAAAGAAUGUGUUGAGCAAGCUUGUAAAUGAUAAGGACAGUGAUUGCAUAUUCAGGCUUAACCAUUACCCUCCAUGUCCUGAGUCAAGGUUGAAUAAUAAUGAUAAUGAUAAUGAUGGUGAAAAUGUGAUUGGUUUUGGUGAACACACAGAUCCACAAAUCAUUUCAUUGUUGAGAUCAAACAACACUUGUGGUUUUCAAAUUUGUCUCAAAGAUAAGACUUGGAUUUCAGUGCCUUCUGAUCACACUUCCUUCUUUGUUAAUGUUGGUGAUUCUCUUCAGGUUAUGACUAAUGGACGAUUCAAAAGUGUGAGGCACAGAGUUUUAACAAAUGGUUUCAAACCUAGACUCUCUAUGAUUUAUUUCUGUGGUCCACCUUUGGUAGAGAAAAUUGCACCUUUGCCAUGUCUCUUAAAAGGAAAUGAAAUAUUAUUAUAUAGAGAGUUUACAUGGUUUGAAUACCAGAAAUCUGCUUAUGCUACAAGAUUAUCAGACAAUAGGCUUGCUCACUUUGAGACAAUUAAUGAUUCCUAG